GUAUUUCUUUCAGCACUGGGGAGGUCACCUAUGCCCUAAAGAUGUCUAAAACAGCAACGAAGAUUACUUUCUACGAAGACAAAAAUUUUCAAGGCCGCCGCUAUGACUGUGACUGCGACUGCGUGGAUUUCCACGCAUACCUAAGUCGCUGCAACUCCAUCCGAGUGGAAGGAGGUACCUGGGCUGUGUAUGAGAGGCCCAACUUCGCUGGGCACGUGUACAUCUUACCCCAGGGCGAGUACCCAGAGUACCAGCGCUGGAUGGGCCUCAACGACCGCCUGGGCUCCUGCAAAGCCGUUCAUCUGUCCAGUGGAGGCCAGUAUAAGAUUCAGAUCUUUGAGAAAGGAGAUUUCAAUGGUCAGAUGUACGAAACCACUGAAGACUGCCCCUCCAUCAUGGAGCAGUUUCACAUGCGAGAGAUCCACUCCUGUAAGGUGCUGGACGGUGUCUGGAUUUUCUAUGAGCUACCCAACUACCGCGGCAGACAGUACCUCCUGGACAAGAAGGAGUACCGGAAGCCCAUUGACUGGGGAGCAGCGUCACCCGCUGUCCAGUCCUUCCGCCGCAUUGUGGAGUAAUGCCGAGGUGGGGCCGUAGGUGUCCUCCUGAGGACCGAGUGCUGGCUGGCCUUGCGGCACAAAUAGGCAUCGUAAAUAAAACAAUUGGCAUGCAUCCCACUGCUGACUACAAUGCCUCUUCUUAAACGCUUCUAGGGACCAGUAAAGUAGUGCCUGCCACAGUGGGUGGUUACACAAAGAACCUCCUCCAUCAGAUUAAUAAUCUAGAUCUUAGUGCCAAACAAAACGAGACUGCAUUAAAAAGUUAGAAAACCA